GCCGCGUCUCCGCCCCCUCCGCCCCUCCCCCAUGGCGAUGUCUUUCAGGCUUCAGGUCCCGGCUCUUUCACCCGUGUCUUCGCGUCCCUCCGCUCCCUUGAAGAGCCCUUGGGACUCCUGUUGACCUAACACAGUGAAUGCAGUUAGCCCCGGAGGCUAGUCCAGCCCGCCAACAGGGUCAUUCCCGCCGCCCAGGGUCGCCGGGACCGCGUGCCCACCAGCUGCCUCCUACACCAGGCACUUCAUCAUCUCACAUUAUCACAAGAAGGAGGAUUUUCGCUACUGAUGUUACAAACAAUAAAAUAUUGGAGCAUAGAGUUGAAGAAAAGACUUAAACCAGAUUUUUCUUCAUUCAUUUAAAAAUAUGGAUCCUGAAUCAGAGGGACCACAGAUUAUCAAAGUGACACCUCUUCAACAAAUGCUUGCUUCUUGCAGUGGAGCUAUACUGACAUCACUAAUGGUGACACCCCUCGACGUUGUUAAAAUUCGACUCCAAGCCCAAAACAACCCAUUCUCCAAAGGAAAAUGUUUUGUGUAUAGUAACGGACUUAUGGAUCAUCUGUGUGUCUGUGAAGAGGAAGGCAACAAAGUGUGGUAUAAGAAACCAGGACGUUUCCAGGGUACAUUGGAUGCCUUUUUGAAAAUUGUUCGAAAUGAGGGCAUUAAAUCGCUGUGGAGUGGCCUUCCCCCUACCUUAGUUAUGGCAGUUCCUGCCACAGUUAUUUAUUUUACCUGCUAUGAUCAAUUAUCUGCUCUUCUGAGAUCAAAGUUAGGAGAAAAUGAAAGUCGUAUACCAAUUAUUGCUGGAACUAUUGCCAGAUUUGGUGCAGUAACUGUGAUAAGUCCAUUAGAAUUGAUUAGAACCAAGAUGCAAUCUAAGAAGUUUUCUUACAAAGAAUUGCAUCAAUUUGUCAGCAAGAAGGUGUCUGAAGAUGGUUGGAUUUCCCUUUGGAGGGGCUGGGCUCCUACUGUUCUUAGAGAUGUACCAUUCUCAGCAAUGUACUGGUAUAACUAUGAAGUUUUAAAGAAGUGGUUCUGUGCAAAAUCUGGUUUAUAUGAACCAACAUUUAUGAUCAACUUUACUUCAGGGGCAUUGUCUGGUUCUUUUGCAGCUGUCGCAACUUUGCCAUUUGAUGUGGUAAAAACACAAAAGCAGACUCAACUUUGGAAAUAUGAAAGUCAUAAAAUUUCUUUGCCUACGUCAACCUGGACUAUCAUGAAGAAUAUUGUUGCUAAGAAUGGAUUUGCAGGAUUAUUUACAGGCCUCAUUCCCCGUUUAAUUAAAAUUGCUCCUGCUUGUGCCAUUAUGAUCAGUACCUAUGAAUUUGGGAAGACUUUUUUCCAGAAGCAAAAUGCUCGAAGACAGCAAUGCUAGUGAUGCUGUUUCAACUGGAAAUAACAACCAAAGCCAAGUAAUAAGAUAGAGACUCUUAGGCAAGAACUUUCACCAUUAUCUCAAAAUGAUUUUAUAUAUUUCUUAUAAUUUAAAUGAGCAGUAAUUUCUACUUUGCCUCUGAAUCAUAACCCUAAUUUUAAAAUAAAUUUUGUUAUGCUGAUUUUUGAGAUUUUGAAAAAGGUAUUCUAGAAAUCACAAUCAUAAAGUGUUCCUGUAAAGAAGAGAAAAAUUACUCCUUAGCACUGAAAGUGAAAAUCUCUGAGAGUUUGAUAUUCUGGAUUUCGGUAUAAUGUCAAUGGGAAUGUGUCACAUAGAUUAAAACAGUUUGAAUUGUGUGCUGAAUGAUGUGCAGAGUCUAGAAGAAAAAUGCCCUUCCUUCAUACACACUUAAAUCAUGCACACAGAUACUUAAGUAUUCCAACAAAGUAAUAAUAGAUGGCAGUCUUUAAAUAAUGUUAUUCACGUUUACCUAAUUACCUAUUAGAUACUUUAAUUCAAGUUUUGUUUUUGUUUUUGUUUUAUACCUCCCAUUGCCGUUUUAAGGCUUCACCCAUAUUAGGAUUUCUUCACCCAAAGAUAAUGGCUAUUUUAUCUUUAUGAACCAGAAUGUAACUGUUUAUGUGAUAAAAAUAUUUUUGGUGACUAAAAAUUCUGUAUUAUCUACUGUUUCUGCAAGAGAGAAGGAGUCUUUACUGAUUGUCUUAAAUGUUUGGCACAGUGAAUCUUGGGUGUACAGUGGGAAAAAACCACAUUGUAUUUAGCAUGGUAAAAAUAAUGUUUCAGCCAGGGAAGGGCCUCGGGUUUCAGCCAUCUUGGAAUUCAGGUAUCACUGUUUGUGGAGCUCUUGAGGUCACUUGUAUUGUCUUCUUCUAACAACACUGAGAUGAAUACAUAUAAGCCACAAAAUACUUCCAAAAUGUCCCUUGAUUUUACACAUCUCAUGUUAGUAUGCUACAUCAAGAGACUAAAGAGGCAGCCAUUUCCCUGAAGAAAUAGCUUUUAGUCAAUACAGGAUAAUGCCUCAGUAAUGUAGCUUGUGGCUGUAGGAAUGAAACAAAGCUACCACGGCAGGACAAAAAUAAUUUUUAAAAAAAUUUUCUCAGGAUCUAUAUCCUAUAAGAAAAAGCACUUUAUAUGCCUUGAAAUGUGAAGUAUUUUUUUUUCCCCUAAAAUAGAAGAGUAUAGUUAGGUGACAGAUCUCUAGUGUUGGUAGAGGAAUUAUGUAUUUUAUAUUGUAGUAGAAAAGAGUUUGUAUGUUUCAUCAGAAAUAAAAUAUAUAGGGUUUGUAUGUAAUCUUCUGUUUACUUUAUCCUGUGUUGAUUUACCUUAAGUUUUGCAACAUUCAUAUCUAUAAAAUCAUAAAUGUUUGACAUUAACUUAUAUUUUCAUUAAAAUAUUUUAUGCUUUCUUAAAAUUAUCACUGUGCUUCAAGCUGAAUAUUUUCAAAUAAAAUUAUGUUCAUGAUGUACUUUAUAUAGGAAAGUUUAUCUUGAACACUGCUGCUUAACGGUAUUAAAUUUAAAUUUACUUUUGUCCUGUUAUGUUUCUUUUUGGUAACUGGUAGAAAAAUUUAAAUUUAUAAUUUUUAAGAAGCAGUCAUGUAUUUCAGCUUAAUAGAAAUACCAGUAGAGAAAUUCCCUCCCUCCCCCAAAACAGACUAUACUUACAGAAAAUUCUUCCCAUUUAUACCUAAAAUAAAUUUAAUUCCCUCUUAGCUUUUCUAGUACAUAUUACAGCCAUGUAUCUGGAUAAAAAGGGCGAAUUGAAGCUUUCUUUAUACCUAAGUGGUAAAGAAGCAUUAAUACUUUAAUUUUAAUUAAUUGAAUUUAAUUUUAAUUUUAACAAAAAAAUAGCCACUGAAAAGCACUUGACAAGAGGUUAUAUUCUUGGUAACGUUUCUGAAAGCAAAUAGUUUCAAUCUAUGUGAAGUUUUCUAACACAUACAUUUACUUUCUUAGGUGUGUGUACAUUUUUUAAAAAGAAGUUCAAGUAUUACAUGUUUGCCACCUUCCAUACAACACACAUUUGACUUUUGAAAGAAUAGAUAUGAAGUUAAAAUAAAUUUUUAUUUCUAGGAAACUAUUCGCUAUGCUUAUUUAACUACAUGACUCCUUUAAAUUCUUCCCUUUCUGGAGCAUGAAUUCCAGGGAUAUGGGAAAGUUUCGUGUUUCAGGUUUUAAUUUUUUUCCAAAAUGAACUCUUAAAAUAAAUUUUAACCUAUCAUUUAACAUUUCCUCAGAUUUUUUACAUGGUUGGCAGUUUAAGAAGCACAUGAGAGUAGAAGUGCUUCAGAUACAGGCCACAAAUAGAGGCAGAGCUAUUGAUUGACAGAGGGCUGCAAGGGGAGUGAUGGGGAUGAUGAGGACGCAGAGGAUUCUCCACUGAGCUUGGGGGCAGAGAGGGAGUGUCAGGAAAUGCUUUUAAGAUUAAGACAAUUAAACGUACCUGGUACCUGGCAGUGGGAGUCUCAACCAGGCAAUGGAAUUCAGUCCCGGGAAGGAAAAACAGGAAGGCAACUGGAAGCCAAGCAAGUAUUUUUGGUACAGGUCUAAUAAUUAUAGAGUGGUUGUUCUUGUUCCCCCCUCCCCCAAGACCAGCAAUUAUUUUAACUGAAAAGAAAAGAAGGUAGCAUAGUUGAGCACAGCACACACCAGAAUGUGUCACCUGUAGUAAGGCUGAAUUUUCUGUAGUGAAACUUUGGGUUCAUUUGGGUUUUAGAGAAAUAAACAGUGCUAUAGGAAAUGGGGACUUACAUAAUAAGGAUUGGUUUGGACCAGAAUAGACUUUGAAAAGGGACCAUAAGGACAUUGAUGUGAUUUUUAUCGGCCCCUUCCUAUCAGUUAAAAAGGACUAAUUCUAAAACUAAAUAGAAGCUGCUUUGCUUCCAGAAGAACAAAGGGAACCAAUUAAAAAAUAUUUAAGAGCUCUGAUGUUCAAAGCAGUUGUGUGACAUUUCCGAAGUAAUCCAUCGUAUUUGUUGAUCAAAACUGGAGAUCUUACCUAACAGUAGGAACUUUGACAAAGAAUUUCCCUAAGUUGUAAAUUUGAGACACACUUUUAACCACUUGAAAACUUAUGUGUAAAUCUAAUAAAGAUGACUUAAAUAAAAACUUAGUUUAUAUCAUUUCAUUCAAUGCUGACAUCACCUUGAUGCCAUCAUAGGUGCUGGGAAGAUGAUGAUGUUUCCAUUUUAUGGUGAGAAAACAAACAUGGCUCUUACAUAAUUAUGUUAUUAGUACUACCAAAAUCACUACCUGUAUUGUACCAUUUCAACAGAUACUAUGUAUUAUAAAGCAGAUCAUGUUAUUUUUUUAAAUAAAAGGUAUUUAAUUUGAGUUGAAA